AUGUUUCCUACUGAGAAUGGCUUUGGCAGUAUCUGGUCGUAUGAAAAACGUGCAGAGGAUGAAACUGCAGCUCGGUCAGCACGAACACCACUGGGAACGAUGCGGUUCGGCAAGCGCGGUACAGUACCGCUUGGUACUAUGCGGUUUGGCAAGCGGUCUGAACUGGAAAAUUUCCUGGAUGCUUUAGUACCGGUACAUCCAAAUGGCGACAGAGUUGACAGCAACAGUGGUUAUGUCGAUAAUUUUUACGGUAAGACGGUCUAUCUUGGUCCUUCCGGAAAGCGAAACAGCCCACUUGGUACGAUGAGAUUUGGCAAAUAA